AUGUCCGCCAUUUACUGCAUAGAAAGUGAGGAGGAAGAAAUUAGCGUCGUGAGAAUUCAAGCUACGAAAGAGAAAGCUGUAUUUGCCAAGAUGUUGGUCAACGACGUUCCUGUAUAUUUCCAAGUCGACUGUGGCGCCAGCGCGAACAUACUUCCAUACAAGUAUGUGGAAAAGGAAAAGAUUUCUCCAUGUGAUAGAACACUAGUCAUGUGGAACGGUUCUAAAGUGAAAUAUUUGGGAACGUGCGUCGUUCGAGCGGUUAAUUUAAGAAAUCAGAAGAAGUAUGACGUGAAGUUCUUGAUCGUGGAUCUAAAGGAUGACCUAACUCCGUUGUUAGGUUUGAAGACCACAGAGGAGAUGAGGCUGUUGACGAUUCACAAAGAGAACUUCAUUAGCACUAUGUUUUGUAAGAAAAUGGAAGUGGUAGACAAGCAUGCUGAAGUUUUCAACGACGAUUUGGGAAGAUUGCCUGGAAUAGUCCAUCUAGAAGUAGGCCCAAAUCACAAACCAGUCGUACUACCGGCACGGAAAAUCCCCGUGGCAGUGAGAGACCAAUUCAAAGACAACGAUUAG